AUGGUCUCUGAUCCCAAGCCGAAGAUGUCCGACCUCUCCUCACCACUGAGACUCCUUCGGUUAACAGACGCGUACCCAGAUGAGGUACAGCGGAAGACCAUUAUGCCCGAUCGAGACCGAGAUACAGUCGACUCCCGAUUGCCCGAUCUGCCAGGCUCAGGCUCUGUAUGCUCGACGAUCCUCGAAGCGUCGUCCUCGGCAGACUCACUCCCCUCGAUGUCGGCAUACGACGCAGAUUGGCCCGAGGGAUUUCUAAACGAUGACAGUCAGAUGUUCGGUGGUCAGCAACUGGUGGACGGUCUUAUGGCAGAGCACGAGCCAGAUGUCGUGUUGAAUGGCGGUCGUCGGGGCAGUCCUACUACUCCUAGUACCGGUUAUGGCGCCAGUGGGGACAACAGCGACAGCGACAGGGAUAACGAGCGCGUUGGGACUAGUAACAACAGCACAGCAGUCGAAGAUGAUCGUGAUGAUGAUGACGACAAUAGCAAUAACAGCCACCAUUGCAUGACGGACGAUGAAUGGGAACACGGCUGCGCGUGCAGAUGGUCCGAAGACGGCCAGACAGAACAAGACUGCGAAAGUCAGAGUAAGACUGAGCGUGAAAGUGACGAGUCUUCUGAAGCGUGUGAGGAUGACGAGGGAGAGGAAGAUCCGCCACCAUCGGAGCACGAAUACAAUCGCAGACACGGACACAGAUACCAAGGGCCCGGGGCCAAACAACGAAUAAAUUCAAAAUCAGGAUGGUCAGCGUCCGAGUCACCGAGUCCCAGCCUUGAUCCAGGACGGCAUGGCUACUAUUCCUCGACAAUGGCCAAGGAUACGAACAAGACUGAUGAGAGAAAUGAGAGGGACGACGUGUUUACGAGCCUUAAUCUCCCAGCCCUCUUUGACAUUGGCGUGCUGGACCUGCCACGGACAAGAACGAUCAAGCGUGCAGCAAUGCCGCAGACAGCAGCGUUCCAUUGGGACUGGUGGAUUGCACGACUUGCGACUGAAGCGAGAGAUAUCGAUCUCAAAGCAUUUCUGGCCAGGCUGAUGCGUGUGAGGGAAAAGAACGAGAUCCCGAGAGUGCCGACGUCUCGAGUGGCGCUAGUGCUGGAGUCGAAGGAUCGAUCAAAUGUCAAUGGUAUCAGUGAUGACGAGGACCAGCAGGAUGAUGGGUAUGAUGAUGAAGAAGAAGAAGACGCCAAUGAAGACGACGAGGACAGUUGGCUCGAGGUCGACGUGACCGACGUUGACGUUGAUGACGAUGAAACAACCGAUUCCGAGACCGGCAGUGAUGGUGAUGAUGGUGACUCCGAUGAUGAGGCCGAGGAUGAUGCCAUCGAACAAACCGACAAUACCAACGGCGAUGGAGACAAGGACUCUAUCUGCAGCAAUGUUCGCCCACAACCACGUCAACAACCACCUCUUGCGGCAUACAAUAAUCCACUCUCCAUUGCUGACGCCCUACGCAAUCCUGACCGCUCAUUUGCCUCCGAGACAGGCUGGGACGUCUUCCUUGAGCACAUCCGUCAGAAGAGCAGACAUAUGCGCGACACACGCCGCUGGAGGAUGCGAGGACUCAAAAACGCCGCGGGCUGGUGCAAGUGGCAGCGUGGUGAGUGGAUCAGGGAGGACGGCCAGUUUGUCAGUGAACGUGAAGACGAAUUCGAGAGCAAGCGAACCAUGUCAGAAAAGCAAUACUUGGAUAAGACCGAUGCUGCUCCUGCUGCUGCUAUUGACGAUAACAGACAAAGUGGUGGCGAGAUUGGAGGAGACACGGAACAGGCAGAAGAUGAAGGCGCAAACCCAGAGGCAGACGGAGCUCAAAAGUGGACGAUCUUCGUCGGAUAUCGCAGGGAAAAUGCCUGA